AUGGCGAGCCUCGCACGGCUAAUUGCCGGUCUUGGGAUAAUCCUUUCCUUUCUGAGCCUUUCUGCAACUGCCGACACCGAAGUGUCUCAAUGGCCUCUCCACGACGAUGGCUUUAACAAGGUCGUCCAAUGGGAUCACUACAGCUUCCAGAUCAACGGGCAAAGGAUCUUCAUCUUCUCUGGCGAGUUUCACUACUGGCGUAUCCCGGUCCCGGGCCUAUGGCGUGACAUUCUCGAGAAGAUCAAAGCUGCAGGGUUCACCGCGUUCUCCUUUUACUCCAGCUGGGGAUAUCAUGCGCCGAAUAAUUAUACCGUUGACUUCUCCACGGGUGCCCAUGACAUUACCCCGAUCUUCGAACUAGCCAAGGAAAUAGGACUGUACAUCAUCGUGCGUCCAGGACCGUAUAUCAAUGCCGAAGCUAGCGCCGGUGGAUUCCCCCUCUGGUUGACCACCGGUGAAUACGGGUCCCUGCGGAAUAAUGACACACGUUACACGUCGGCUUGGAAGCCCUAUUUCACUGAGAUGUCCUCGAUUACCAGCAAGCACCAAGUGACCAAUGGUGAGAACGCCCUAGUCUACCAAAUUGAGAAUGAAUACGGGGAACAGUGGAUUGGCAGUGCUUCGGAGAGGGUGCCGAAUGAGACGGCGAUUGCAUACAUGGAGCUUCUCGAGGCCAACGCUCGUGCAAAUGGUAUCAGGGUGCCGCUGACGUCCAAUGAUCCGAACAUGGACUCGCACUCCUGGGGUAGUGACUGGUCUAGUGAAGGUGGCAAUGUUGACGUCGCUGGUCUUGAUUCCUAUCCAUCGUGCUGGACAUGCGAUCUCAGUCAGUGCACCUCCACCAACGGCGCAUACAUCCCAUUCCAAGUCAUGGACUACUAUGACUACUUCCAAGAAUCACAGCCGACCCUGCCAGAAUUCAUGCCCGAAUUCCAAGGAGGCUCAUACAACCCGUGGGGGGGACCCGAAGGCGGUUGUGCCGAUAACACAGACGCGGACUUUGCCAACUUGUUCUAUCGCUGGAAUAUCGGUCAGCGUGUCACGGCCAUGAGUUUGUACAUGCUCUUUGGUGGAACGAACUGGGGUGCCAUUGCUGCGCCCGUGACUGCAAGCAGUUAUGACUACUCUGCUCCCAUUUCGGAAGAUCGUUCGAUCGGGUCAAAGUAUUACGAGACCAAGCUUCUCGCUCUAUUCACUCGUUGUGCGAGGGAUCUCACGAUGACGAAUUUGGCGGGUAAUGGCACGCAGUAUACCGAUAACGCGGCCGUGAGGGCGUACGAGUUGCGAAACCCGGAUACGAAUGCUGGAUUCUAUGCAACCUUCCACUCGAACACUUCUCUGUCCACGAAUGAGGCGUUUCACUUGAAGAUCAAUACGUCUGCUGGGGAAUUGACCGUUCCAAGAUAUGGUGGAAUGAUUCGUCUCAAUGGGCACCAGUCCAAGAUCGUCGUCACAGACUUCACUUUCGGGUCAAAGACUCUACUGUAUUCAACGGCGGAAGUCCUGACUUAUGAAGUCUUCGACGAUACCCCUACGCUGGUUCUUUGGGUUCCUACGGGUGAGUCGGGUGAGUUCUCCGUCAAGGGAGCCAAGCAGGGGUCAACCAAAAAGUGCCAAGGGUGCUCGAAUGUGAAAUUCAUCAAGGAUGAAAGCGGCUUGACGGCAUCAUUCACCCAGUCCUAUGGCAUGAGUGUGCUGGAACUCGAUGAUGUCCGUGUCGUUCUCCUUGAUAGAACAUAUGCAUACCAGUUCUGGGCUCCUGCAUUGACAAAUGAUCCAUUUGUCCCUGAAAAAGAGAGUGUGCUCGUUCAAGGACCAUACCUCGUCCGUAAUGCCAGGCUGUCUGGCUCAAAUCUUGAUGUUACCGGUGACAUCGUCGAUACAACAACCCUCGAGGUCUUCGCCCCAGAGGCCGUCAAGCGGAUCACAUGGAAUGGAAAGUCAUUGGAGACCCAUCGCACGGAGUAUGGCAGUCUCAAAAGUUUGGUCUCUGGGCCGAAGUCUAUUACACUACCGACAUUUGGGUCAUGGAAAUCGAAUGACAGUUUGCCCGAGCGUUUCCCAUCAUAUGAUGCUACUGGGCCAGCAUGGGUCGACGCUAACCAUAUGACAACAUUGAAUCCGAGGGCUCCUACAUCCCUACCGGUACUGUAUGCCGAUGAAUAUGGCUUCCACAAUGGCGUCCGUCUCUGGCGUGGUUACUUCAACGGCACUGCAACCGGAGUUUUCCUCAACGUGCAAGGUGGAACUGCCUUCGGCUUCUCUGCCUGGCUGAAUGGCCAUUUCCUCGGCUCAUACCUCGGCGAUACGGCAACGGAACAAGCCAACCUCACCUUAUCUUUCUCCAACGUCACCGUGAGCACAAAAACGCCCAACGUACUUCUAGUGGUACACGACGAUACGGGCCACGACGAGACCACGGGCGCAUUAAACCCACGCGGCAUUCUCGAUUCCAAGCUCCUAGGAUCGUCGAAUGGAUUCUCACACUGGCGUCUCGCCGGCACAGCAGGCGGCGAGUCCAACCUGGAUCCGGUGCGCGGCGUGUACAACGAAGAUGGGUUAUACGGCGAGCGAGUUGGAUGGCAUCUCCCCGGAUUUGACGCCUCGGCCUGGACCAGUGCAUCGAGGAUACAGACGGUGGUAAACGGGACACGUAGCUCGGUGCUCAGCUUCCAGGGCGCCACGGUGCGGUUCUUCCGAACCAUCGUGCCCCUCAACCUCCCCUCCAACCGUGACAUCUCGAUUUCAUUCAUUCUGUCAACGCCCACCGGCUCUACCGCCUCAUACCGAGCGCAACUAUUUGUAAACGGGUACCAGUACGGGCGGUAUAAUCCUCAUAUCGGGAACCAGGUGGUAUAUCCCGUUCCGGCGGGUGUACUCAAUUACGAUGGAGACAACACGAUUGCGGUUGCUGUAUGGGCACAGAGUGAGGAGGGAGCGAGUAUUUCUGUUGGAUGGCGGGUGAAUUAUGUUACCGAUAGCUCAUUGGAGGUUGUGGGCCUUGGAGAGGGAUUGAGGCCUGGGUGGAGUGCACAGCGGGAAAGGUUCGCAUGA